AUGACUCUUGUUGUAAUGUUAGGCUUUGAUGGGGUGGAGGUUCACGGUGCACAUGGUUACCUCAUUGAUCAGUUUCUAAAAGACAAAGUGAAUGACAGAAGUGACCAUUACGGCGGGUCACUCGAGAACCGCUGCAGAUUCGCUGUGGAAGUGGUCGAAGCAGUGGUGAAGGAGAUUGGUUCAGAUCGUGUAGGGAUCAGACUCUCACCAUUUGCAGAUUACAUGGAGUCCGGAGACUCGAACCCUGAGGGAUUAGGACUCUACAUGGUGCAAGAAAUGAACAAGCAUGGAGUCCUUUACUGUCACAUGGUUGAACCUAGAAUGAAGCUCCUUGAAGAAAUGUUUGAAUGCAAUGAGUCGCUUAGGCCAAUGAGAAAUGCUUUCAAAGGAACGUUCAUAGUAGCUGGAGGCUACUCUAGAGAAGAUGGGAACAAAGUAGUGGAAGAGGGAGGAGCCGACCUGGUGGGUUAUGGACGGACGUUCUUGGCAAAUCCUGAUCUGCCAAGGAGGUUUGAACUCAAUGCACCGUUGAAUACGUAUGACAGAUCAACGUUCUAUACUUCUGAUCCUGUCGUGGGCUACACAGACUACCCUUUUCUUGAGAACACAUACACAUCUGCUUGA